CUGGGAAUGAGGGCGGGGAGAAUUCCUUGAGGCUGGGAGCGGGAGGGCUGAGGGAGGGAGAGAAAAACAGCUUUCCAUGUCAGACGCUGUUCCGCUGGGCACUUAGGCAGGAGGGUGUUUGAGUCAGCGGCUGGGGGGCCGCCCCGGCGACUCCUUUCCAGCUUUUAGUUCAGGGACCCGUGUAAAGAUGUGCAGCUCUUCGUAGCCCAGGAGGCAGCAGCUGCUGAGGGCAGCGGCCAGCCUAGCAACAUCUCCUAAGCAACCAGAGUUGAGAAACCCAGACGUCCGUGAAGAGACGGGGGUCCCGAAGGAAAGAGCUCAAGGAGCCUUGCUUCUUGGGGUUCCCUCAAGUCUCGGUGGAGACCUGUCACUUGGUAGCAAUAAAUGUCUCACUGUGUUUUGGGCUGCCCUUGAACCCACAGCAGUACUCCUGCCUCAGCCUCCCAAUUGCUGGAAUUACAGGUACAAAGUUGGAAAUGAUGGCUUCCCCGGAACUGAAGGGCCUUGUUCCCUUCAGCAAGAAGUCUCUGGAACUUAUAAAGCAGCACAUCGCUAAGAAACACAAUAAGGAGAAUGAAGGAGAUGAUUUAAAGCCAAAUCCUGAUUUGGAAGUUGGCAAAGAGCUCCCCCUUAUUUACGGAAGCCUUUCUGGAGCUAUGGUGUCAGAGCCCUUGGAAGAUGUGGACCCAUACUACUACUUGAGUAAAAAAACUUUCAUGGUAUUGAAUAAAAACAGAACCAUCUUCAGAUUCAAUGCCGCUUCCAUCUUUUGUACUUUAUCACCAUUCAGUACUAUUAGAGGAACAACUAUCAAAGUAUUGAUACAUCCUCUUUUCCAACUGUUAAUCUUAAUUAGUGUCCUCACAGAUUGCAUACUCAUGACCAUGAAUAAUUUGCCGGAAUGGGGACCAGCAGUAGAGCACACUUUGCUUGGAAUUUACACAUUUGAAAUACUUGUAAAAGUCAUUGCCAGAGGUAUAUGGGCAGGACCUUUUUCUUUCUUUGGAGAUCCAUGGAACUGGCUUGAUUUCGGUGUGACUUUGUUUGAGAUUGUAGCAAGGUCCGCACCUCUAAGCUUAACUCAGAUGCUUAAAGUUGUACGAACUUUGAGAAUUUUGAAAAUUAUUCCUUUAAACCAAGGUCUAAAGUCAGUUGUAGGGAUCAUGAUCCACUGCCUGAAGAAACUUGCUGGUGCCAUUAUUCUAACCAUCCUUUUUCUGAGCAUAUUUUCUCUAACUGGAAUGGGACUCUUUAUGGGGAACCUGAAGCACAAAUGUUUGUGGUGGCCCCAGGGAAAUGAAAAUGAAACUCUAUACAACAGAACUGGAAGUCCAUAUUACAUUCAAGAAACAGAAAACUUUUAUUAUUUGGAAGGAGAAGUAGAUGCUCUACUUUGUGGCAACAGAACAGAUGCUAGUCAGUGUCCUGAGGGAUAUGUGUGUGUAAAAGCUGGAAAAAAUCCUGAUCAUGGCUCUUCCAAUUUUGACAAUUUUGGGUGGGCCUUCCUUGCCCUGUUUCGAUUAAUGACUCAGGAUUACCCUGAAGCGCUUUAUCACCAGAUUCUUUAUUCAUCUGGGAAGAUCUACAUGAUAUUUUUUGUUGUGGUCACAUUUUGGUUCACCUUUUAUAUUGCAAGUUUGUUCUUAGGCAUAAUUUCUAUGGCCUAUGAAGAAGAAAAGCAUACAACUUCUAAAAAAACUGAGAUUGAUCCAAAAUUUCAACAGACUAUAAAAGCACUUCAAGAAAGAAAUGAAGCAGCUGAAACUAAAACCACACAAAUAGAAAUGAAGAAAAGAUUUCCAACUUCCCUGAGCACUUCGGAGGAAAUGUUGGAAGAGUCUACACUUGGACAUAAAGAAGAACUUAAUAAAUCCAGGAAGAAAUGCCCAUUGUGUUGGUAUAGGAUUGCGAAAAUUUUCUUGAUCUGGGAUUGUUCUCCUUGCUGGCUAAAAUUGAAAGACUUUGUGCAUAGAAUUAUAAUGAACCCAUUUACUGACCUUUUCCUUGUCAUAUGCAUAAUUUUAAACAUACAUAUUUUGGCCUUGGACCAUUACCCAAUGAAUGAAGACACCGCAAAUUUUCUCAGCAAUGGAAGCAUAAUUUUUUUUGGCAUCUUUACAGCAGAAAUGAUCCUUAAAAUAAUUGCCAUGAAUCCAUAUAAAUAUUUCCAAGUUGGAUGGAACAUUUUAGACAGCAUAAUUGUAUUCCUUGGCUUCACAGAAAUUUUUCUAGCAAGUAUUGAAGGACAGAAGAUAUUGCAAAUUUUCAAGUUGGGGAAAUACUGGCCAACGUUUAAGAGGCUGAUGCUGACUCUUGGUAACUCGUUAAUGGCCCUGAAAGACUUGAUCCUGCUGUUGUUCACAUUCAUCUUCUUUUCUGCUGUGUUUGGCAUGAAGCUGUUUGGUCAGAGUUACAAAGACUGUGUCUGCCGCAUAGACAAAGAUUGUCACCUCCCGCGCUGGCACAUGCAUGACUUCUUCCACUCCUAUCUGCUGGUGUUCCGCAUUUUGUGUGGAGAGUGGAUAGAGGCCCUGUGGGACUGCAUGGAAGUGGCAGGCCAAUCCUCGUGCGUUUGUUUUUACAUGAUGGUCAUUUUGAUUGGAAACUUAUUGAUCCUUUACCUGUUUCUGGGAUUUGUGAGUUCAUUUCUUUCAUACAAAGAUGCAACAACUGAAGAGAGCAACGAAGCCAAAAAUAUUCAGCUUGCAAUGGCAAGGAUUAAGAAAGGAAUAAACUAUGUGCUUCUUAAAUUAUUGUGCAAAAAGCAAAAUGUUCCGAAGAAAACAGUGGACCAUGUAAACGAUACAUAUGUUAAAGAGAAUAUUUCAGAUCAUGCACUUUCUGAAUUGAGCAAUCCCCACGAUUUCCCUCAAGACAAGGAGAAAAUCAGUGACACAGAGAAAAACGCGAUGACUGAAAAUGAGAGUCAGUCACUCAUCCCCAGUCCCAGCUUCUCCGAGACUGUACCAAUUGCUUCAGGAGAAUCUGACAUAGAAAAUCUGGAUAACAAGAGAAUUCAGAGCAAGUCGGGAAGUGGAGAGAGCAAAUGGAAAAUAAAACAGUCUAGCUCAUCUGAAUGCAGUACAGUUGAUAUUGCUCUCUCUGAAGAAGAAAUGGUCAAUGAACAUGAAAAGUCAAUGCAUCUAAUAAAUGAUCGUAGGAGAUCUUCACUUGGUCAAAUAAGUAAAGAAUACAAGAAAGGGAAAAUUUGGCAGAAUAUUAGGAAAACCUGCUGUAAAAUAGUGGAAAACAGUUGGUUUAAAUGUUUCAUUGGCCUUGUCACUUUGCUCAGCACCGGAGCUCUGGCUUUUGAAGAUAUAUAUAUUGAUCAGCGAAAGACCAUUAAAAUCUUACUAGAAUAUGCUGACAUGAUCUUCACUUACAUCUUCAUUCUGGAAAUGCUUCUGAAGUGGAUGGCUUAUGGCUUUAAAGCCUAUUUCUCUAAUGCCUGGUACAGGCUGGACUUCAUGGUUGUUAUUGUGUUUUGUCUCAGCCUAAUAGGUAAAACUCGGGGAGAUUUAAAACCACUCGCUUCCAUUAAAUUUCUUCGGGCAUUCAGAGUUCUAUCUCAGUUUGAAAGAAUGAAGGUGGUUGUGAGAGCUUUGAUAAAAACAACUCUACCUGCUUGGAAUGUGUUUCUGGUCUGCUUUAUGAUCUGGCUCAGUUUUAGUAUCAUGGGAGUACAGAUAUUUGCUGGCAAGUUCUAUGCAUGCAUUGAUCAACUAAAUGGAGAAAUGUUUUCAGUGUCUGAAGUAUGGGAUAAAACUCAGUGUGAAAGCCUCAUGCAUAAUGAAUCCUUGUCAUGGAAGAAUGCAAAAAUGAACUUUGACCAUGUUGGAAAUGGUUUCCUUUCUCUACUUCAAGUAGCAACAUUUAAUGGAUGGAUCGAUAUUAUGUACUCAGCAGUUGACUCUGUUGGUGUAGAAAUGCAGCCUAAUUUUGAAAGCAGCCUCUACAUGUAUAUUUACUUUAUUGUUUUUGUUAUCUUUGGAUUAUUUUUCCCACUGAGUAUGCUGAUUGGUGUUAUUAUUACUAAUUUCAACAAGCAUACAAUAAAGCAUGGAGGCUCCAAUAUCUUUAUAACUGAGAAACAGAAGAAACUGUAUCAUGGAAUGAAGAGGCUGAUGUAUGAAGAUUCUCAAAAACAAAUACCUCGUCCAAGAAACAUGUUCCAAGGCUUCAUUUUUGACCUGGUAACAAAUCAAGUUUUUAAUGUCAUCAGCAUGGUUCUUAUCUGUCUCCAAGCAAUGAUCAUGAUGACAGAAAGCGAUGACCAGAGUCGACAAAUGGAUAUUGCUCUCUACUGGAUCAAUGCAACCUUUGUUAUGUUAUAUACUGUAGAAUGUAUUCUGAAGCUCAUCUCCUUCCACUGUUACUAUUUCACUGUUGUAUGGAACAUUUUGGAUUUUAUGGUGGUCAUUUUCUCCAUCACAGGACUGCUUCUGCCUAUGACAGUGGGAUACUACUUGGUGCCCCCUACACUUGUGCAACUGGUACUUCUCUCUCGCAUCAUCCACAUCCUGCGUCUUGGGAAAGGGCCAAAGGUGUUCCGUGAUCUGAUGCUCCCUCUGAUGCUGUCCCUCCCAGCACUGUUGAACAUCAGUCUUCUCAUCUUCCUGGUCAUGUUCAUCUACGCCAUCUUUGGAAUGUACAACUUUGCCUAUGUUAAAAAAGAAGCUGGAAUUAAUGACGUAUCCAAUUUCGAAACUUUUGGCAGCAGUAUGAUUUGUCUUUUUCAAGUUACAGUAUUUGCAGGUUGGGAUGGGAUGCUUUAUGCAAUUUUCAACAGUAAAUGGUCUGACUGUGAUCCUGAUAAAAUUAAUCCUGGGACUCAGGUUAGAGGAGACUGUGGGAACCCUUCUGUUGGGAUUUUCUAUUUUGUCAGUUACAUUUUCAUAAUAUGGCUUAUCAUUGUUAAUAUGUAUAUCGUUGUGAUCAUGGAAUUGUUAAACAUUGUUUCUAAGAAAAAAACUAGGACGUUGAGUGAAGAUGAUUUUAGGAAAUUCUUUCAGGUAUGGAAGAGAUUUGAUCCUGAUAGGACCCAGUACAUAGAUUCCAGCCAGCUUUCAGAUUUUGCAGCUGCUCUUGAUCCUCCUCUUUUCAUGGCAAAACCAAACAAGGGACAGCUUGUGGCUAUGGAUCUUCCCAUGGCUGUUGGAGACAGAAUUCAUUGCCUUGAUAUCUUACUUGCUUUCACAAAAAGAGUUAUGGGAAAAGAUACAGGGAUGGAGAAAAUCCUUUCAGAGAUAGAAUCAGCAUUUUCAUUAGCCAACCCUUUUAAAAUCACAUAUGAACCAAUCACAACUACUUUGAAACGAAAACAGGAGGCAGUUUCAGCGACCAUCAUUCAACGUGCUUAUAAAAAUUACCGCUCAAGGCAAAAUGACAAAAAUACAUCAGAUAUUUCUACAUUGGGUGGUAAGCAGGAAGUCCAAGCUAUUACAGAAGGUAUCUGUCUUGAAAAAACUAAAGAAAAAUCAGCUAUUCGAAGUCAGAUCUAAUCCCAGUUAUCACCUUUCUGUUUUCUUUAUCUAUCUCCAUAAUUUUAAAAGCUUAAGUAACAAAACUGAUCAGAGAGAGAGCACAGACAUGAUCGGUUGCUUACAACGAAUAAAAAUUAAACUUGUAGUCACAAAUCUCCAUACUGAACUCACUUUUUCAGCUUUAUAUGUUCAGCCUCACCAAUCUAUAGGGAAAGACAAUGUAUUAACAUUGCUGCAGUUGGUUAAAGUAAGUUGAAUUUGCCCUUUGGCAAUCUAGUACUUGUUUUUCUAUCUGGUUCUGUUGAUGUGAGCCUCUUCUGGAGGACUGGGGGAAAUGGUAAUGAGUAUUUUGAACGAAAGAGGCUUCUUUGUGUAUUAUAUGUAAAAUGCAAUAGGUUUCAAAACAAUGUUACCAGGGCUCAGGUGCAAAUGAAUAUUUUCUUAAAGUGAGCUGGUGGUUAGGAAAUAGUGAAAGGCUGCAGCUCACUAAAUCAUGAGCUUGCCUAAAGGAAUGUCAGGUAAGGGAAGGGAGAGGGCAGUUCUUUAGAAAGUGCCUUUGAGAUCAGUCACAGAGACUUUUGGGGUGAUUAAAAGCUGGUUGAAAUAGAUCAAAGCCCUAUUUUAAAUUUUUGUUUCUUUCUUUCUUUCUUUCUUUCUUUCUUUCUUUCUUUCUUUCU